CCGGAGGGUCAACAUGCUAUAAAAGGAGCGCUCCUUGCCCGGGACUUAGAGCAGCGCCUUGGAGGUCCCGUGGAUCUGUGUCUUGCUUCAACAGUGUUUGAACGGAACAGACCCGGGGAUUCCCACUGUACUCGCUUCCAGCCGCCUUUACAAGUCUCUCCAGUCGCAGCCUCCGGGACCAUCUCCUCGCUGCCUUCAGCUCCUAGGACCAGUCUGCACCGUCUCUUCGCGGUUAGCUCCUACUCCGGAUCAGCCAUGACCUCUCAGAUUCGUCAGAAUUAUUCCACCGAGGUGGAAGCUGCCGUGAACCGCCUGGUCAACUUGCACCUGCGGGCCUCCUACACCUACCUCUCUCUGGGCUUCUUUUUUGAUCGGGAUGACGUGGCUCUGGAGGGCGUAGGCCACUUCUUCCGCGAAUUGGCCGAGGAGAAGCGCGAGGGCGCGGAGCGUCUCCUCGAGUUUCAGAACGAUCGCGGGGGCCGUGCACUCUUCCAGGAUGUGCAGAAGCCAUCUCAAGAUGAAUGGGGUAAAACCCAGGAGGCCAUGGAAGCUGCCUUGGCCAUGGAGAAGAACCUGAAUCAGGCCCUCUUGGAUCUGCAUGCCCUGGGUUCUGCCCGCGCGGACCCUCAUCUCUGUGACUUCCUGGAAAGCCACUAUCUGGAUAAGGAGGUGAAACUCAUCAAGAAGAUGGGCAACCAUCUGACCAACCUCCGCAGGGUGGCGGGGCCACAACCAGCGCAGACUGGCGCGCCCCAGGGGUCUCUGGGCGAGUAUCUCUUUGAGCGCCUCACUCUCAAGCACGACUAGGAGGCCUCUGUACCUUCCAAGGGGCUCCCCCCUCUGCUCUGCACCAGCCCGCCCUGGGACCUCCACCUGAAUGAACCUCUCAAGCCACUAGGCAGCUUUGUAACCGCCCUGGAGCCUCUGUCAAGUCUUGGACCAAGUAAAAAUAAAGCUUUUUGAGACAGCA